AUGGUGGCAGUCAUCGACACAGACUUGGAUUUUGCUGGGGAAAACCUGCAGGAUGUGCUAUGCAUCGGCGCGGGCCCAGUUGGGCUCUUAUUGGCGCUUUUGAUACGAAAAGGCGCCGGCCCCGGCCCCGGCGACACCGCGGCCCCGACCGGGGUCACCCCCGCCAGGGUCACCGUGGUGGACAGACAGCCGGCGCGAUAUCCACUGCCACGCGCCGUGUGUCUCGAUCACGAAGCCCAGCGCAUCUUCAGGUCGGUUGGUCUAGGACCAAAGCUGACGCCGCUGCUUGAGGACAUCAUCGGCCCGCCGGGGACCAACUUUGCCUGGAAAGAUGCAGACGGAGAGAUUAUUGUCGAUUUGCAAUGGGAAAGGCCUACCGCGAGCGGGCUGAACAGAGCAUGCGGUUUCUGCCAGCCUGAGCUGGAGUCUAUGCUGGAAGAAGCCUGCAGGGAUGCCGGCAUCGACAUCAUUCGAGGUUUGGAACUCGACUCUCUCCACCAAGACGACGAUCACGUCACCGUGACAUUCAACAGAUGGCCCAACAAAGAUGGAUCCAGCACGCCAUCGAAAGCCACCGUCAUGCGCGCACGGUACCUCGUGGGCUGCGACGGCGCCAACUCGACGGUCCGCUCGCUGUGCGGCAUCGACUUCAACGACCUCGGCUUCCAGUACGACUGGCUCGUGUGCGACAUGCUGACCAAGGGCAACGGCCUGCCGCCCAAGGUGCUGCCGCACAAGAACGGCGCGCAGAUCUGCGACCCGAGCCGCCCGACCACCUUUGCCAUGGCGGGCAACGGCCGCCGCCGCGUCGAGUUCAUGCGCCUCCCCACCGAGACCAAGGAGGAGUUCUUCACCACGUCCAGGGCCUGGGAGCUGCUUCGACCCUGGGGCUUCAGCGAGCACUACGUCGACAUGGAACGCGUCGCCCUGUAUACCUUUCGAGCCCGCUGGGCAGGGGAAUGGCGGAAGCAUAGGGUGUUCCUGGCAGGGGAUGCCUGCCAUCAGAUGCCCCCUUUCCUGGGCCAGGGCAUGAACAGCGGCCUGCGGGAUGCCGCGGCCCUCGCGUGGCGCCUGCGUCUCGCCCUCGGGGGCAAGACGUCUGAGUUCCUGCUGGACUCGUACUGCACGGAGCGGCUGGCCCACGUCCGAGCCAUCAUUGACCACAGCGUGCUGCUCGGGAGGGUCAUUUGCGAGACCGACGAGGCACGAGCUGCAGCCUAUGCGAAGGAUUUGAGGGCAAACCCUCCGCCACACGGCUUCGAUCCUCACCUUGGCACGCCAGGAAUUCUGCAGAUGGACCAUCCCGCCGCAGGUCUUUUGGCCAUGCAGAGGCCAGUGGUAGGUCCCGACGGUGGAAGCGCUGAUCUCUUUGAUCAAGUCUACGGCGCCGGUUGGCGAUUGCUUGUAUGGGGAGACGCUGCACGACUACGUCUGUCGCCCGCGGCCCAGAAGUUCCUGGAUGCCAUCGGAGGCAAGGUCAUCAUGCUCAAACCAACGGAUGACGUGUCGGGUGAGUACGGCAGGUGGUUCCGGGAGGAUUUGGACAAUGCAAAGGCUGUGCUGUGGCGGCCCGACUUUUACGUCUAUGGGGUGAUUCGGCAGAGGUUGGAGGAUGCCGAAGACAUGUUGUUGGGAUUGAGGGAUCAGAUUUUUGCGACCUCGCGCUAG